GUCUCCUGCUAGCAGCUGUUAGGCCCCUCAGAGGAGCGCCGGGGAGGGAAGAGGCUGGUUCCUCUCACUGGACGGAGCGUCUGGCCCUUCCACCUCGUCCACAGGCCCUUGAGUGGCUGCCCUUUGGUGUGGGGACAGCGGCAGAGGCUACAGGCUGUCAUGGCGACCAGUGGAGACCCAGCAGAGGAGCAGGUCGUCCCGUGCAAAGAGGAUGAAGCGGACCUCAGGGCCGUGCAGGCCCAGUACCUCCGGAGCCCCUCCCCCAGCCAGUACUCAGUGGUCUCGGACACAGAAACAGAAAGCAUUUUCAUGGAGCCCAUUCACCUCUCCUCAGCCAUUGCAGCUAAACCGACCAUCCAUGAAGGGCUCGGGCCCUCGGGGACCAGACCGGAGGACGACCGUGCAGGCAUGCUGGAGUCCGCCGAGCAGCUCCUGCUGGGGGACCUGCCCGGCCGCAUCGGGGCCAGGAUGGCUGGCACGGACCCGCACACUGCACCCUGCAUCCGGGACCUGCAGCGGGCCUUGGUCCAAGACCGCCAAGAGAUCCCCUGGAACGAGGUGGAUGAGGUCUGGCCCAACGUCUUCAUAGCAGAGAAGAGCGUGGCUGUGAACAAGGGGCGGCUGAAGAGGUUGGGAAUUACUCACAUCCUGAAUGCUGCUCAUGGCGCUGGUGUCUACACUGGGCCUGAAUUCUAUACCGGCCUGGAAAUCCAGUACCUGGGUGUGGAGGUGGACGACUUCCCCGAGGUGGACAUCUCCCGGCACUUCCGGAAGGCCGCCGAGUUCCUGGACGAAGCCCUGCUGACCUACAGAGGGAAAGUGCUGGUGAGCAGUGAAAUGGGCACCAGCCGGUCGGCAGUGCUGGUGGCGGCCUACCUGAUGACCUUCCACAGCAUGGCCGUCCUCGACGCCCUGAUGACCAUGCGCAGGAAGCGGGCCAUCUACCCCAACAGCGGCUUCCUGCAGCAGCUCUGGGAGCUCAACGAGAAACUGGCGGAGGAGAGGGAAGUGGACCGUGGCCAGGAGUGGGGAGGGGGUGAGGCUGAGGAAGGUGAGGGCGCAGGGAGCCCCAGGGUGCGCGCCCUCUCGGUGGAGGAGCAGGACGACGCCACCAGCUGCCUGAGCGGCUCCCCCGUGGGGAAGGCCCGCCGAGCCUCCGGGCCCUGCACCCUCAUUGAUGAAGAUGAGGAAGAGAAACUGUAUGAGGAGUGGAAGAGGGCACAGGGCCUCCCCACGGGCAAGGGCCCCCAGGGUGAGGAUGGCAGCCGCUCGGCCUCCUCUGGCCAGGACGGGAGGGAGCCCAGGCACGAAGACGUGGAGCGGAUCAUCUGGGAGUGGCAGAGCCGAAAUGAGAGGUACCAGGCAGAGGGGCACCAGAGGUGGAGUCGGGAGGAGGAGGAGGAAGGUGGUCCUGGCUGCUUCCUGGGGAGAAGGCGCAGCCGCACCCUGAGCGAGACCAGCACCUCAGAGAGCGUGAGCAGCCAGGACAUCCGGGUCCUGAUGCAGCAGCUGGACGCGGGCGGCCUGAACCAAGGCGGGAGACGCCGCUCCGACUCAGUGUCCACGGGCAGCACCUGGGACGUGUGGAACCAGAGGCUGCUGGAGAUCGAGAGGGAAGCUUCCCGAAGGUACCGCUCCCGGGGCAGGAGAGAGGAGGCGGACGCGGGCCCAGAGGCAGGCAGCAGCGCGCGUGAGGACGACGAGCAGAGCGUGUCCUCUGAGGCCAGCUCCUUCUAUAACUUCUGCGGCAGGAACAAGGACAAACUCACUGCCCUGGAAAGAUGGAAGAUCAAGAGGAUCCAGUUUGGGUUUCACAAGAAAGACUCGGAGGCAGGAGACGGCAGCAGCGAGCAAGGCACCGGGGAGGCGGAGGGGGACAGCAAGGGCCUCUCAGACAUCAACCUGACGGCCUACCAGGCCUGGAAGCUGAGACACCAGAGGAAGGUGGGCGGUGGAAACAAGGAGGAGGUGGUGGAGCUCGGCCGGGGGGAGGACUCGGCCUCAGCCAAGAAGAGGCAGCGGAGGCUGGAGCUGCUGGAGAGAAGCAGGCAGACGCUGGAGGAGAGCCAGUCCAUGGGGAGCUGGGAGGCGGACGGCUCUGCUGCCGGCAGGAGCAUCCCCCUGUCCGCCUUCUGGUCUGCAGCCCCGUCGCUCAGUGCUGAUGGGGACACAGCGUCAGUACUCAGCACCCAGAGCCGCAGCUCCCAGCCAUCUCAGGCCGCGAGCAAUGCAGGGGCUUGUUUGGCCUCCGGUCCCACCCCACCGCUGCCUAGCCUGCCAGUGGGGCCUGGAGACACCGUUUCCAUCGCCAGCAUCCAGAACUGGAUUGCCAACGUAGUCAGCGAAACUCUCGCCCAGAAGCAACAUGAAAUGCUGCUGUUGUCGCGUUCGCCAUCCAGCGCCAGCACGAAGGUGGCACCGGCAGCCAGCUGCCUGGGGGACGACCAGGUCUCCAUGCUCAGUGGACAGAGUGGCUCCUGCCUGGGUGGCUGCCUGCUGCCUCAAAGCCAGGCAAGAGCCAGCUCGGACACACAGUCUGUGCUCUCCUCCCACGGCACACUGAGCUCAAGGGUGGAAGGUCCUGGCAGCAAGGCGGGGGGCACCAGCAAGCCCAUCUAUAGCCUCUUUGCCGACGAUGUGGACCUCAAGGAGAUUGGCCGGAAGGAGAAGGAGCUGCAGCUGGAGCUGAGGGAGAAGAUGUCCAAGUACAGAAUGGAGAAGCUGGCCUCCGACAACAAGCGGAGCUCCCUUUUCAAGAAGAAGAAGGUCAAGGAGGCUGAAGAUGAGGACAUGGGUGGCGGGGAUGAGGAUGCUGACAGCGCCAUCGGGAGCGUCUGGUACUCCUCCCCAAGCAAUUCCCAAAAGCCGGACACAGACACCUCCUCGUCCCCUGCUGUCUCCGGCCACUACGGAAGUGGUGGCAGAGCCACCAAAGAGGCAGAGAGCAGUAUUAAUAAGUGGCUCUGUGGCCUCAGGACAGAGGGAAAAUCUCCUCCCCAGAGCAAUGGGUCAGGAAGCUCCAGGGGGAGGUUCACCAGAUCUUCCCUGCUCCGCGAGACAGAGUCUAAAUCCUCCAGCUACACGUUCUCCGAAUCCCAAUCAGAGGAGCAGGACGUGUCCGCCUACCACGAGGCGAGUGGCAGCUCUGCAAGAAGCACGUCGCGGUUCUCCUGCUCCUCCACCAGGCAGGGCAGACAGACGCACACGUUCUCCAGGUCCACGUUCAGUGAGACCUCGAGCUCCCGGGGGGAGAGCCCAGAGCCCUACUUCUUCCGCCGGACCCCCGAGCCCUCCGAAGGGGAAGGGUCCCCGGAACCACGGCGUCCAGACUGGGCCAGGCCCAGGGACUGGGAAGACGUGGCAGAGUCAUCCACGUCAGACUUCUCCGAAUUUGGAGCCAAGAGGAAAUUCACCCAGAGCUUCAUGAGGUCUGAAGAAGAGGGAGAGAGGGAGAGGAUGGAAAACAGAGAAGAGGGCAGGUUUGCUUCCGGGCGGCGGUCCCAGUACCGGAGAAGCACAGACAGGGAGGAAGAGGAAGAGGUGGGCGACGAAGCCAUCAUCGCCGCCUGGAGACGCCGGCAGGAGGAGACCAGGUCCAAGCUGCAGAGGAGGAGGGAGGACUGAGCGGGACAAGGCUGGCCUGGGAGACGCCGAUGGCUCGGGAGGAAGCUGCCGCUGACCUGAGCACCGGGCUCAGGACACACACUACCACUGCCCAUCAGCGACAAGGGUGCAGAGGGGGUCCUGCGGGGGCAGAGCCGAGACGGAGGCACCAGGCAGAAGGGCUUGGAGGGGGGUCGGGGCAGGGGGAGGAGGAGGCGGGCCGUAGCGUGAGGUCUGGACGCCGGGCCAGCUGGUGCUGUUUUCUGUCGCCCACCAUCCUCUCUUUGGUGCCUCCCUCGUGUGUUAGGUAGUGUUCGCCACAGACUGGAGAGGUGAGCUUGCAGAGGCACCCCCGUUUGUCAGAGACUCCAGCUUACAUCCAGCAAGGCUGUGAACCCAGGACAUGGUUCUGUUUGCAGAGGUUUAAUAAGGAGACCCAGGAAUCUCUCCCACAGCAAGUCUCACCUCUCCCAGCGAUGCAGAGUUCUGGCUGUUUCUUUUUAAUGUUCUGGAUCCCCAUUAAAGUGAUAUGUUGUCAAA